UCAAAUAAGAUUUAAACUUUUCCAAACAUGAAAAUCCUAACUAUUUUUCUAUUUGGUGACCUGGUUAGGUUGUUUACCUUGUGAUAAAACAUAUCACAAAGUAAAUUACAUUUCAAAGGCUGCUUCGAUAUAGAGUAAGGCCAAAAUAGAAGCUUCAUCUAUCAACACAGUUUCCACUUAUUCACAAGAAGAACUUAUAUUAUUAUUAUUAUUUGCUAGAAUUAUUAAACAUAUCUGAAAGCAAUAAGAAAACUUCUCUAAGAUUACAUAAAAAAAGCUUUAAAACAGGUGUUAUAGAAUUUCUCAAUAUUUAAGUCUCUGAAGUAAAUGGUCCCCCAUUAAAAUCUUUUUAUAAUACAAUAAACUUUUUGAUAAUGUCCAUUAAGAAGUUAACAUUUUUGACAUAUAUCUUUUCUGGCUUUGUUUUGAAAAUAAGUACUUGGGUUUUGGUUUGUUCAGCUGUAAACAGACUGAAAGCAUCUGUCACUUUCUCAAAGCUAUAUCAUGUGCUUACAUAAGUGUUAGCAUGUAUUUAUAAGGCGUAUGAGGUGCAGGGUAGAUGCAUAACCGGACCGAGUGAACAGAGACUCUUCAGUGCUCUCAACUUCUGUCCUCAUGGAUUGGCAUUUGCAUCUGCUUCUUUCUUUGCUUGUGGUGUUUGCUGUUGAAGCCACCACCACAAAGCACAUGAAGGACUUCAUCAGAGCUGUGGAGAGCAUUGAAGCUGUGAAUCCAGGUCUUCAGAUGCUCGAUGUGGUGAAAGGUCUACGUAAGGCUGCUGGCUUUGAAACCGAGCUCAUCAAGCAAUACCUCGGUGACCUCAGUGAUGCACAUGACCUUGUGGCAGAUCCAUCAGUCACUUCAUAUGUAAGCGAGGUCAUUAAUCACAGCCUGUCAGAGUCUGGUAAGGAGAAAGGUGUGGUUCUCACGUUAGAUGGUUCAAAUGUGGCGCUGACCCCAAUGCUCCUCGGACUUGAGGCUGGGCUGCAGUCCACCGUCCAAGGCCUUUACCCGUUAACCUUGACCCACAACCUGGUCGCCUCAUUUCUACAUCACGUCCACAAUGAGCAAACCACUGUUCCUUUUGGCACUAAAGGGUUCUGGGAUAGCAUUUCAUCCCCAAAGGUCUACGCGCUCUCUGAUUUGCCCUCCUUGGCCACAGACGCUCUAAUAAUCGGAGGUAUAGACGGGUUCAUUCUCGGGUCAGAAGUUUCCACGUCUAACCAUCGUGAGCGAUCACUGAGUGACCUGCUGAAGAGUUACUACAGCCACCAGCCUGACGCAUCGCCCCGUCUGAUCAGUCAGAAACGAAGGAUGAACUUCAAAAAGCUCGUCAGCUUCUCUUUGCUGAAAAGCCAGAUGGUCCAGGCUCUAACAGUUCGCCACAACUUAAACGAGUCUGAGAGGAAGAGCCUGGAUGACGUUAUGAAUGAAGGGUUUGACCAGUUUGUCCAUGUGUAUGCUGUCUGUCCAAACAUCAUUACAAGGUCUCAAUGGGGAGCUGCAGCUUUCAUUGGUUCACCCUCCUAUCUGUCUCUCCCUGUGCCGUACCUUUUCAUCCACCACACAUAUCAACCCUCCACGCCUUGCACCACCUUUGAUCAAUGUGCCAGUGACAUGCGCUCCAUGCAGCACUACCACCAGCAAACCAAUGGAUGGUCUGACAUUGGAUACAGUUUUGUUGCAGGUUCUGAUGGAAACCUGUAUGAAGGCCGUGGCUGGAAUUGGGUCGGUGCCCACACUUAUGGGUACAACUCUAAAGGAUAUGGUGUCAGCUUUAUUGGAGAUUAUACCUCCACCCUCCCCAUCAAGAGUGCGAUGGACAUGGUGAGGUACGACUUCACAAGCUGUGCUGUGAACGGUGGUCGACUGUCUUCAUCUUACUCCUUAUACGGACACAGGCAAGCUACUUCCACUGACUGCCCAGGAAACUCCUUCUACCAUGAAAUCCAGACAUGGGAGCAUUACCAGAGUUAUUUGCCUUGAGGACUGUGGCAUCAACAAUGAACGCAAUCAGCUAAUUGUGUCUCUGGAAAUCAGUACAUGUAUUACAUGUAUCUGUCAUAAUAAAUGCAUAAUAAAUUAC